GACGGAAGAGGAAGAUUCGCGACACCCACAACCGACAACCUGCACUCAAAUCAGCUGUCUUGUACUCCCCUUGAAGAGUGUUAUACCUUAGUCUCCUAGUACUUAGUGGCUCUAAUCUUUGUCUAUGUCUGCGCCAUCUGCAGAAACCAUCAAGGCAAAGCUUUCUGCAGUAGAUGCCACACAGGAGACUAUCGUCUCUGUAGCUCAAUGGGUCAUGUUCUAUAAGCGCAAUGCUGCGCAGAUUGUCGACAUUUGGCAUCAAGCUGUGCGAGAUGCAUCGUCAAACAGGAAGCUCAAUUUGAUAUACCUUGCGAAUGAGGUUGCUCAGACUUCGCGGGCGAAGAAGCGUCCAGAAUAUCCGGAAGCUCUUAGUAAAGUCAUGCCAGAUGCACUGGAGCAUGUCUUUAGACAAUCUACGACCAGCAUCCAAGAAAAACUUAAGCGCGUUGUGGACGUGUGGCGGCAAAGAUCAGUCUUUUCGCCGCAGGUGAUUGAUGAGAUUUCACAACGGCUACAGACCAGACGCAAGUCGCCAGUCGCUGCCAAGAAUAAUGCGCAGUCAGUUCCCGCCGAGCUAGAAGCACUGUCACUUGCAUAUCGUCGCAUCACAUCAGCGACUGCAGCUGCAUCACUCUCUGCAAGCACAGCAAAGCAUAUUUACGACAGUGUUAUGACAGACGGCCUUCCAGCAAAUCCAGGAGUACUGCAAACAAAGCUCAGGCAGCUCCAGAAUGCCCUAGAGGCAGCCAAAACUGGGUCGGCGAACUUGGUGGCGAUCCGCGAGCAAGUAGCCAGAGAAUUGGAUGUGCUUGCAGCGGCCAACCAAUCCGGUCUGGACGCACUCAGGAGCCAGCUCGAAGCCUUGGCUCAACAGUCCACGGCAGUCAUGGUACGUGCUACCGAGAUAGACAAUGCGGCAGCGCUGUAUCCUGAGCAGACUUCGACCACCCCCGAAAUGGAGCCGCCGCAAGCUGAAGCACUGACUCCCUCUGAGAAGGAGUUCGAUUUGGACACAGUCAUGAAGUCAAUCACUGGAGCGCAGAAUAAGGAUUUGCCUGGAUCAGCGGGUGAUCCAGUGUCAAAGAUGGAUUUGGACGAGACGAUGCUCGAGUUGAUGAGUCGAGGCAAUAGUACUGCGGCGCCUCAGACAGCGCCGGAGGAAGAUGAAUAUGUUCCAUAGCUUUCUGUGCCUGUAUAAUUUCAGCAUGGCCCGCAGGCCUCUUACUAGGCAGCAGGACUCCGACACCAGGAGCAAGGUGAAGUCGCUGCUUUUGGUGCUGAUUCAUUUUCGACGCGUCCAGAGCGCAACGACCAAAACGCAUCCCACGUCAUUUUGCAACAACAACACACUUGUG